AUGGCGGACGAUGACGAUUACCAAGAUAUGGGUGACGAUGACUUUGGAGACGACAACGAAAUGGAAGACGUGAUAGAAGAAGAACAAAACGGAGAAGAGGACGAAAGCAACGAACGGAUAGAUUUGAUCGACGGUACUGGGAAAGCCGUUCCAGCUCAAGAUCGCGUCACCACCACCUUCAUGACAAAGUACGAGAGAGCAAGAGUUCUUGGCACACGAGCGCUGCAAAUCGCCAUGGGAGCUCCGGUGAUGGUGGAACUCGAAGGCGAGACCGACCCCUUGGAAAUCGCCCGCAAGGAGCUCAAACAUCGUCGUAUACCAAUCAUCAUCCGCCGCUACCUCCCGGACGGCUCCUUCGAGGACUGGUCCAUUGACCAGCUGCACAUUACCGAUUGGUGA